GAGCCGGUGACGUGAGCGCUUGCGGAAGCAGAGCGUGGAAUGUUGGUACAUUGUUGUUGUUUUGGAGUGAAUGUUCAGUACGAGGAUCCUCCGCCGCCCCGUCUGCUGGACGCUUCACGCCGGUCGGGUCAAGUUACUCCGCCGCCUGGGUCGGAAACCUACUCCGCCACUUUUUACGCAUCACGGUCCACAAAUAUACGCGUCCACAGAGUCGCGUGGACACGUGUUGUGUUAGAGAAACAACACAACGACUACGCACGUGUUGUGUUAGAGAAACAACACAAAGACUACAAAAAGGCGCUCUCGCCUUGGAUUUGUCGCGCGGGGGGAAAAAAUGUGUCUUCUGUGAGAUUCUGGCCAGUUGUCUGCAUGCAGGGAAUGACGACUAAUUUUAAGACGAGCAAAGCUUUAAAGGUCAAGAAGGAGCUGGGCGAGAAUGCCCCGGUGGUCAGCGACGACGAGCUGGUGGCCAUGACCGUGCGGGAGCUCAACCUGCACCUGCGCGGGCUGACCAAGGAUGACGUUGCCAAGUUGAAGCAGCGGCGACGGACCCUGAAGAACCGGGGCUACGCCGCCAGCUGCCGCAUCAAACGCGUCACCCAGAAGGAGGAGCUGGAGAGACAAAAGAUAGAGCUGCAGCGUGAGGUGGACAAGCUCGCCCGCGAGAACGCCAGCAUGAAGCUGGAGCUGGAUGCCCUGCGAGCCAAGUAUGAGGCCCUGCAGUGCUUUGCCCGGUCCGUGACCCGCGGGCCCCUCUCGCCGGGCAAGGUGGCCACCACCAGUGUCAUCACCAUCAUCAAGUCCAACCACAACAAGUCCAGCCCGACCCCGUUCACAACCCUCGCCUAGUGUUGACAGGACUGGGCUCUCCUUCUCCGGCCUGGUCCUUCCCCGGUUUCGGACCCAGCCUGAACCCACUCAUCCUGAGAGGACGCUCAGUAGUUAGACUGAGGGAUGGGAUAGGGGGGGGGCAAGCCCUAUGUGACGUUAUGCUGCAUUCACAACUCUGUCUCUCUCUUUUUGUCUCUCUAACACAAUCUACACUGUCUGUGCACUGUGCAAACUCCCCCCUAUCCGACCCCCCUCCCCCCCCUCAGAUUUGCUUUUUAUGAAAACGUAUACGACAUGCCUUAAUGUGACAGCAUUGGCCUGCUAUUAAGCAUACCACUUGUCGAGUAGUACGUAUGUGACAGGAAAGCCGAUGCCAAAGGACAUUUUCCUCCAUGUACAAGGGUCUCGAUGUAAAUUGAGCCUUUGACGUUGUUGCCUUAAAAUGAUCUCUGUGAUCAAUAUAGAUUUGUAUAGAAUACUUGGAUGUAGUUUGACACAAAGAGGAUUUAGUGUUCCAGCUUUGAGGUCAGGUGGACACCUCUUUACAGUUACCAGUGGUCUCCAACCAGUUGCCUUUUUAAAGAGCCGGCCAACCACAACAGACGUUUCCACUGAUUAGCUCCUCUUGGACUAAGCAGUACAAUCACCUGUUGUAGUGUUUGAUACGGAGUCUCUGUGGCCCGUAAGAGCACUGCAUUAUGCAGUUUGAUGACUGACCAACGUUCAACUGAAGGCCUCUUACUCGUGAUGUGCUAUUGUUCAUAUUUCUGUUGUCUGUGUCGGCCUAAUUUAGGAGUUUUGAGUUGUUUUAAAAGUUUUAAAACUCUGUUUGGCCAAAUUUCAGACGUGUGUUUUAAUAUAAAAGCUGGCCAUUUGUGCCAUUUUACUUUUUACCUUAAAUUUGCCUUUUAUUAGAGCUCAUUCAUGCGACGCUUGAGAAAUUGUUGGAUUUGUCAGAGGGGCUGAAAAGUGUUGUUUCAGGCAUGGGAGGCGGUUAGACCGGCGAUGCAAUGGAUACUGUUGGUAUCUUUGUGGCCCUUUGACGGGAGAAAGUAGUCACAACUUCUGCUCUAAUAUUUUAGAAACGCAAAAGAGGUGAAUACUCGCUAUUUGAUUAAAACAGGCAGAUUUGGGACGAGUACGAUGUGGAAUUAGAACAAGAUGAAUGAGCAUUUGUUCGGGAUUCAGAAGCUGUGACAUUGCCCAUCUUCUAUCAUUGUAGGGCACUUAAAGGAACUGUUAAGAUGCAGUUUCAAAAAAGGAACCGAUUCCUCGAAUUAGAGUUCUGAAGUCAGCUGGGCUCAAUCGCGUGAUGAUGAUGAUAAAACGUGGCGUGACCACCGAGUGCAAGGUCAAGCCUAAUGUAACUAAGGACGGUGUACUCUGAUACGUGUGCCACAGCACUCACUGGGGUCCGUUGUGCGUCUUUCCUCUAUACGCCGCUCUUUGGUGGGUAAUCCAUAUUGGAUGUAGUGAUGAUGAGAGUGGUCCUUACAAGUGAAAUGUAAUUCAACGUUCUUCCUGUAUAUUACAGACUACCGAAAUGAUAAAGCUCCCACUGCCUCCUUUUGUCGCUUUACAUUUGACAACUCCGUCCAAAUAGAAAUCAUUCCUACUGCCGGGUCACGAGAAGUGCUGCUGCUGGCGUUGGUGACUCUGACACAGUAGGCAUUAGCCUCGCUUUUUUUGACACGCUCUUCUGCAAGAGAGAACUCCUGACGGCCAUCUCUAGAAACGGCGAUGUCGCGACAACUAAAUGCAGUAAACUCCGUGUUUUGAGAUAUCGAAAUAUGAAAUUCACUUGAAAUCAAACCGUUCUUACCGAGGAGCCAUUCCUAAUUUGGAGUGAAGUCCAUGGAGAUUGUUCACGUCAGGAUUUUCUCUUGGCUAAGAGGACAUGAGUUUUUUUUUUUUUUUUCCCUGUUCCACAGCUGCGAGGAACAGUUCGGGAACUAUGCUGCUGUACAACCUGCUGCGAUUUUUAAGCAGGAGCAAUGCUGUGUUCUUAUUUUUUGUAUUUUCACUUGGUUUCUACGUUGGUGAAUCCUAUGUUCUUUUCCUGAUGCUUAGUUUUGUAUGCAUAUACAGUAUUAAAAAAAAAAAUUAUAUAUAUAUAUUUAGAGAUUUUUCUAUAUUUAUGUCUGACUAACCUGGGAGUGGUGUGAUUAUGUAAUCAGUCAAUCUAUGUUGACGCUGACCUUUUUGUAGUUGUAUUCACAAUGACAAAAAACUAUUUUCAUAACUUUAAUCCCAUUUGUCUAGUCAUCAGCGUACAGACCGUGACUAGAGUUCAUUAUCUGGAAGUCCAAGAAUUAAGUUUAAAAAAAAAACAAAUAAGGAAACUUCAUUCUGACUGCAAGUUCUCAUAGUUAGUCAUACUUACGUCAGUUACUUCAUAACUUGUACAUCUUUUAAGUAUCAUUAUAAACAAUAGUAACUUUGUUGGGCCAUUAGUUUAAAGAAUAAAUGAAAACAUUUAUUCAGAAAAAUUAAAAUUAAAAAUCUAUUUUGGAACCUGCAUGUAAGCAUAGUCUGUUGUUCUGGACAUAUGCUUUACCCAAAAAGCCAAUUUAGUUAAGUUUCAGAUGAUGAUGAUGAUGAUGAUAAUAAUGCUUUUGUAACCUCUAAGAAACCGUCCCAGAAAAUAAUUCCAAAGCUGCUAAAAAAUGUCCAGCCAGACCUUUUGUGUCAAGAUUGAGUCUGAAGAAUAUAUAUAAAUACAUAUUACAUUUAAACAAGUUAAUUUACAAGACAAUACUGCUUGAAGCGUUACAGUGACCUCUUGUGGUAAAGUAUCAACAAAAUGCUGUAAAAUUAGGCAUUUGUUAAUUUAAGCCCAUAUUACUGUAUUCAGAUCCAAGGCUGAUGCUUUUAGGCAGCAAAUUAUUUUUAUAAAAACUGUAGGAAGUAUACAUUUCCAUACUGUAUUAAAAAGACAAAACCUCUCUCCAGGUGAAUUAAGUUCUUUGUUAAUCCUUCAUCCAGUGCGACCCAGCACAGAUCUAUUCAAGCUCUCAAAUACUAGCUUACCACAAGCAUAUAUUUUAAUAAUGUAUAUUUUCUACAAGCCACUUUUUUUUUGCUGAAAUAUAAGCAGACCUGUAAAUAACUUUAGUGAGUGUUGUACAGACAUGUAGACAAAGUAUAUGGGUGAGAAGAGGUAGAAACAUUACCUACCGUGGAUGAUUCUAUUUUCCUGCAGUUGAAGCUCGUUAUACAAUACCAAGGAGCCGUAAUGACAUCAGUAGUUAUUUUACACGUUUAUGAACCAUAACAAUGCAAAUGCAUGUAUGAAAAUUAAGUUUCUUGUGCAUCUCGACCAUGUGUUCAAAGUUUUAAUUUCAAAAUCUGUCCAUAAAACAUGUCUUUGAUUAAAUAAGAUGUCACACACAAGCUUCGCCAGUCCAACAAGCUACAGUAUUCAAAUUUAGCCGUGUAGUCAGUUUUAGAACUCUAGAUUAAAGAGGUUUUUACUAUAAAUUCAGAGGCUGUAGAAUAGCGUUGUGGGUGAAAAACAUUAAAUGUGAAGUUUGUAUUUCAGAUGUUAAUGGAUUUCCUUGUUCUAGUCUCAAAAACAUGUUGAGGCCAAACGAAGACCGUAAUAAGGCAGCAUAAACUGAGUGUUUACCCAUAACAAAGUCAUUACUCUCCUCAUAUUUUAUAUUUAUUUAAUUGAAUUGUGUAAUUGUAUUAAAAAAAAAAAAAAAAACUAAAUUAUGUUUUCUCAAUGAACUACCCUCAUGUACAAAUAAAGUCUAUUUGUUUCUA